AGCUGAUUCAUCCUCCUCUCCAACUCCAUCAAUCCGUCAAUCCUCAAGAACGACGACGAACCUCCCAUUCGCCUCCAUUAAUUUCUCUCGCCCUCUGUUGUUGCUGGGUUUUCCCCUCAAAAUUGCAUGGAUCAUCAGUUGACUCCAUCGUUUGAUAAGUCGAAACUACCGAUCUCAAGGUGGCCGCGGUGGUCCCCCGAAACAGGUUCCACCAAUUCCUACUAGUUCGUUUCGAUCGGCCAAGUCAACCGGGAAUCCACUGAGCUCCCAAGCCGCCGCCGCCGCCUCCGCCUCUUCACAAACCCCCCCCAAUCACCCCCCGGGACGCGUUGACCAACAGCAAAGCUUGCUUGACAGCGCCCCUCACACGCCCCUAUCUCAUACAGGUUCCGUCAUCAACCACCCGAAUCAACAUGCGAAAUGGACCCUCAACAAGAUGUUGAUUUUCCAGUAAUGGAGCAUCCCGAUAUGAAUAACAACGACUCCGAUGGCUCGGGGUCGUCCGACGAUCUCGUCCAGCAACCGUAUGUGAGGAGCAACUCGAGCUUCACCGACAGUUUUGAUGGCACUGUCCACACCCCGACGUCUACCAUAACUUCCUCUCCUCCCCCGUCGGCCGCCAGUGCCAUCCCAUCGUGGAGCAGUACCACGACUUCUCGACCCCGUGGCUCCAGUCUGGGUGCCGCUGCUCUGGAGAAGAUCCCACUCCCCGAUGGGCACGCGGUUUCGGAGCGUGACCUAAGGCUACAGCGCCCGUCCGGUCCUGCUAGAACCCCCUCCAACACAUAUGCUCCUCAGCGGCGCCCUCCCCAGUUCAUCAACCUACAGAAUGACCGUCCGAGUCAGAGGUCGUCUUCCGUGAAGCGAAAUUCGAGACGAGACCCCAACGCCCAAUACCGCGCCCAGGAGAAAGCCUACGUUCAGCGAAUUCGCGCGGACCCCCAGGCUUGGUACGGUCGGUUUGAAGAUGCUCAGAGUAUGAAUGCCGCGGCCAUGGCGGAUUCGGAUUUGGAGGAACCUUCCCCCUCCUCCGAGGUUCCCUUUGACGAUGACACCUACGACCCGGAUACCCAACUAUUUCUCUCGGACGACAACCAGCCCAGUUUCGAUGAACUGAAGAACCCCAAGAACCAGGAACGGCUGGAGUGGCAUUCGAUGUUGGCCUCGGUCCUGAAGGGCGAUGUGGUGAAACAGGAAAAGCAGCGGCUCAUCGAAUCCACGGAAACGAAACGGUCGGCGGCUCAAAAUAAUGAGAUAUGGUUGGGCGUCAGAGCGAGGACCUGCGGGCGAAGUGUCGCCAUGCAACGGAAAAUUAUCGAGGAGGCCCGGGGUGCCUUGGGCGCUACCAUCGAGGACAUCAUCAAGUUCCAAAUCAAGGGGGAGACAGAGAUCGGCAAGUCCCCAAUCAAGCAGGUGGAGGACGUUGUCGAACACAUCGAGAGGUGCGAGCGGUUGUAUCCCACGCAUAGCGAACUAGAAACCGCGCACCCUCGCGUGGCUUCGGAGGAAUACUGCUCUAGCCGUGAUGCGAUCUUCGCGUGGCACAAUACUACCAUCCUCAUCAACACCGAGCUCUCCAUUCUGCAGAAAUGGGUUGGAAAUGCCGAGUUGGAUUUCAGCAAGCCGCGGGUCAAGCCGGCCAACAGUGACUUGAGUGACGACUCCUCGUUUCUGGACCGCAUCAUGAAGGAAGAUGGACUUAAGACGCUCCAGGGAGAACACAACAUGCUGCACGGCAUUGGCGAGGUGAUCCGGAAAGCUAAAAACACAUUGAUUGACAAUGCCGAGUCUUUCGCCAGACGCCACUUACCCCCCUAUAUCGAAGAGCUCCUGACUCUCAUCAACUUCCCCUCGCGUCUCAUUCAGGAGAUCAUUCGGGUACGAUUAUCCUACGCAAAAAACAUGAGGGAUCCGGCACAGCAGUCUCCGAUCUUGGUCGACCAAAUGAUUUCGCAGUUCCAGAUCCUGAUGCGAGUUGCGGUCGACAUCAAGCAGCGCUAUCUCGAUAUCGCCAAACCGGAGCCGGGCUGGGAUUUGCCCCCUUGCAUCGACGAGAAUUUCGAUUCGGUGGUGCUGGAUGCCAUGAAGUACUAUUUCCGGCUUCUGAACUGGAAAUUGAAUGCCAACAAGAACACGUUCAAAGAAGCAGAAAUUCUGGAGCAAGACUGGGAAUUCUCCAACGAAAUCGGGCGCCAGCUUGAGGGUGGUGAUAUUGAAGUGGCCGAACAGUUCAGUGCCCUGACUGCGAAAUCAAUCCAACGUCUGAUGAUCCACUUUGAGCGCGAACUAGCCACGCGCCCGAGUGAAGAUCCAGCCGACAUGGACAAACGGUACAAGAGCGUCCUAGAUUCGACCCGGAUCCGGCAGCGAAAGCUCUAUCGAUUCGCCCGGUUCCUCCGCCAGCUGUUCGAAAAUGCCACGGAGUAUAAUCUGCCGGCUGAGAUUGCGUAUGAAAUCUUCGAGUCGCUUCUCAUCUCCGAUCAUUUCCUCAUCAAGUCCAACAAGUCGGUCGGACAAAAGGGUGUCUAUCUCUUUGGACACCACGCCUUGUGGGAUCGCCACGCGGAGAUCCAAGCGAUCCUAGGCACUCACUUCAGGGAGGAAGAUACCCCAAAGGAUUCGCCCCAUGUGCCGUACAUCCUUGUGGUCCGUCCCGAGAAACCCCUGUUAUGGGCUGGCAAGGAGAUGUUGGUGGACAUCUUAGAACAACCCACGGACCUGCGGCUUGGGAAACUCCGUCUGGUUGUUGAGGGAACCCAGCAGCGCCUGUCGAAUGCCCGGCUCGAAUUUUCCCAGUUGACGGGCGUUCACUUGGACAUGGCCAUCGAACAGCGCGCCAAUCUUGGACGGGUCAAUGUGGAGCUCAACAAGAUCAACAAAAUCUCGUUUAAGCUUUCCAUGACCAUCAUGGAUAGCGUUGCAUUCAUCCGGGAACAACUGACAGAGAAAGGCGUGGAGAACCACGACCUCAUCCAGGCCUGCUACGCGUUUGCUACGGAGUUCGGCAAACGAUCCGCCAACGUUGAUCCGAACCGGCGCGCGAUGAACAGCGCGAGACUUGUGGACCUGUCGUUAGAGUGGGUAUCGUUCGUUUGCGAUGAUUGUGAUGCCGCCGAUCGGAAGACCUUCAAGUGGGCCGUGUCCGCUCUCGAGUUUGCCAUGGCGAUCACCUCAAGCCGGCAUCUUAUCUCCAUGCAUGACAGCCAAUUUGAGUACCUCCGGCAAAAGGUCGCUGGGUGCAUGUCACUGCUGAUAUCGCACUUCGAUAUCAUGGGUGCGCGGUCAUCCCGCGCUGCCCAGGCGGAGAAACAACGAAUGGAAGAGCGAGCCGGUUCAAGGAAGAUCGGUGCUGGCCGGAUCUUGACUGACGAGGAGGCAUCGAAGCUUGUUCGUGAACAGCGCCUCGCCCACUUGACCAGCAUUGAAGACCAGAGAGUCGAAGAAGACGCCAAACGCCAGGCACUAGGCAAAGUGUUGGAGAGUUCCAACGAGGCCGACCGGUCUCUCACUGUGCUGUCGGCGUCGGCGACAAAUGUCACCCUACGCUGGCAGCAAGGGCAGUUCAUCGGAGGCGGGACGUUUGGCUCGGUCUACGCUGCCAUCAACCUGGACAGCAAUUAUCUCAUGGCUGUCAAAGAAAUCCGUCUUCAAGACCCUCAAUUGAUCCCCAAGAUCGCCCAGCAGAUCCGGGACGAGAUGGGCGUGCUGGAGGUGUUGGACCAUCCGAACAUCGUCUCAUACCACGGGAUCGAAGUGCACCGCGACAAGGUGUAUAUCUUCAUGGAAUAUUGCUCGGGAGGAUCGCUCGCGAGUCUCCUGGAGCACGGGCGUGUAGAGGACGAAACCGUCAUCCAGGUAUACGCCCUUCAGCUGCUGGAAGGACUGGCAUACUUGCACCAAGCUGGAAUUGUGCACCGCGAUAUCAAGCCGGAGAACAUCCUGCUCGACCACAACGGCAUCAUCAAGUACGUCGAUUUCGGCGCCGCAAAGAUCAUCGCGCGUCAAGGGCGGUCUGUGCUCCCCAUGGACGCUUUCUCCAGCACCGGCAACAAGGAAGCCAUCUUGCCCAAGGACAGCGCGCGGGGCAAGAAUCAAAAGACCAUGACCGGAACUCCGAUGUACAUGUCUCCGGAGGUCAUCCGCGGCGAUUCAUCCAAUUUGAUCCACCGCCAAGGCGCCGUGGACAUCUGGUCCCUAGGAUGUGUGAUCCUGGAAAUGGCCACUGGCCGACGGCCUUGGUCGACGCUGGAUAACGAAUGGGCGAUCAUGUACAACAUCGCCCAAGGGAGCCAACCUGCGUUGCCGAGCCGCGACCAACUCGGCGAUACGGGCAUCGACUUCCUCCGUCGCUGUUUCGAGUGCGAUCCCCUGAAGCGGUCGACUGCCGCGGAGCUACUUCAGCACGAAUGGAUCGUCUCCAUUCGCACCCAAGUCGUGCUCGAUCCCACCACUCCUGGGAGUGAUAAUAGCGGCAGUAGUGUGAGCAGCGGGAGCCGACAGAAUUCCAGCUAUGGUUCUGUUACCGGAUGAGGUUAUUGUCGCAUCCUGGCCUCUCCAAUCUGGUCUCUCUCUCUCUAUCUUGGGGGCAAGCCGACGAGCUUGUACUCCCAGAUCUACGCGUGGAAAGACAGUUUUCCCAGAAAAAUCUGUCAUUUGUUUCAACCAAGAGUUGUGUAUUUAUCCCCUUGUUUGGCUUGUCUUCGACUCUUUUUUUUCUUUUGUCUUUGCCCCUUUCUUCCCCUUUUUCUUAGUUAUUUCUUUUCCUUUUUCUGCAUCCCUCAUGACUACCCUACCUUUCCCAAAGGAUUGACUGCAUUUGAUACCCCUCCCAAUCAAUACUACUCUUGUUCCAAUCAUAUCAUGCUCUAGUCUACAAUCGAUCCCAUUCUUCACGCAUAGUUGGUGUUAGCCACUGUAUGCAUCGAUGGUCGGUUGUGGCUUGUUUCUUAUUCUUUUGAACGCUUGAUUUGGUUUUCAAACGGUCUUGCCCGUGCUUGCUCGAGAGAGAAAAGCUGCUUUAGUCG